UGUAAAUAAGCUUCACAGGGACGAGGAGAUUGCGUACUUCCCUGCCGCAGAGAACACAAGAUGGCUUUUGAGUUAACGACGGCAGAAGUGUACGAACAAGCGUCUGUAAUUGGUCAAGAUAUAGAGAAAAUUAUUGACCAGUACGGACAUGAAGCAGUCAUCGAUCUUAUGCCAAGAGUCGUCCGAGUUCUUGAAGAACUGGAGCUUCUGGUUUGCGAGAGAGAAAAGGAAAAACUCGAGAUUGCAGAGCUAAAGAUGGAAAAUGAAAGACUUUACUUCGAGAUUAAGAGAGAAGUUUGUCAUAGGCGAAAGCUUGACGAGGAACUUUUCCACGCUAAAAAAGAUGGAGAAUUAAAAAGUCUUAAGAGUACUGUAGCAAAGUUACAAGAAGAAAACCAACGUUUAAGAUUGGAAUACGAAAUAUCGGCAAAUGAAAAGCCAGUCAUGACGUAUGUCAGUGCACCAGGAGACGCCGCGGUUAUGCAGAAGAUGAAAGAAACUAUAGACACACAACGCGAUGUCAUACGAAGUAAAAAUCUUGAGAUUGAAAAGCAAAAAGAAGACGUCGAUGCUAUGGAAGAGCAAGUAGAAAGACUAGUCAACAUCAACGAAUCGCUUCGCAAAAACAUGGCCUCACAGCAAGCUAGAAUGAACUCUGUCGCCAAAGAAAAAGCUGAAUAUGAAGCAGAAUUAAAGAUAAUUAAACUUGAACUAAAUGAGCAGGAUGAUCAAGAAACCGAAGAGAAAACGACGGGUUAUGAUGUAGGUGAUUCUAUUGAAGAAGAACUUGCCAAAAUGGACGCCCAGUUUGGGAAUGAUCAUCCCAAAGAGGUUGCUACUGAGGUCGUGAAGCGAAAAGAAGACGGCUGGGAUAUCAUUCAAGUUUCGGGAGACGAUGAUAACCAACAAGGAYCAAAAACUCUGGAAAGAGAUCCUAACAGACCGAGGUAUACUAGAGCAGAGUUACAAGAAAUUCUCACCGAAAGAAAUCAGUUGAAAGAAGAGUGUUUUUCGCUUCGUGAAGAAUUGUCAUGGUACAAACCAAAAGACGAAGAUAAAGAAGCUGAUCCAGUUCAAGCUAAAGCACCCCAGAAACCAGGCAGAAAUCGCGAGGAAUCUGGAAUAUCAAAAAUUUUCAGUAUUUUUACUUCACGUAAAACAAACACCUUAUAAAGCUGCAAGGAUGGCAAGCAAUGCCUCAGUUUCUUGCUGGUUCAGGUUGCUGUAUUGGUGCGUCCUCUUCGUAUACGGGCAUUCGGACAUCGAGAAAACCCAGGAGUCCCAUCCGGAUAUGACGUAGACAGUAGCCUGAGUAUCAGAAUCUCGAAAAGAAGAUAUGGAAAGUCUUGUGGUAGAGAUGCAGGGAAAAAGGAAGGCUCUCCCAGUUUUUCCUUUCUCUCUGUUCCUCCCUCUGAUACCCGGGCUGCCUAGAGAGAGGUUUACUCUGUAAAUUCUUUAAAAAUAAUUGUUAUAUUAUUGUACWUGAUCGUAUUAUUGUUAGUAAGUAAUGUUUAGAGACCACAGUACGUCGAGAAGUUGUAGAUGAUGUUUUAUUCGAAUUGGUUUUUAUUGGUGCGAAGACUGCGCUACACCCUUAUUUUUCUCGGUAGACUUUCGGAGCACUUUUUUCAAACAUUUUGUUGAUGUUAUAUUUCUUCGAAACGUGAUCGGCGUCCAUUGUUUUUGAUUUUGUAUUUAUUGGUGAUUGUAUUACUUUAACAAAAAGCAUUAUAUGAAAAAUUAUUGUUACACAUGCAUUUUAAAAAGCGUCGCAAGUGACUGAUCCGCGAGGAGAAAGGUUCCAAUCGAAGUUUUUUUAUUUUUUCACCUGCGCCUCGAUUCGUAGUUAUUCCAUUAUUUUUUACCCUUGGUAUAUUAGUAAUGGAGUAUGGUAGAAAGCGGUYCAAGGAACGACGUGUCAUGUGGCAUUGAUUACUUGGACACGUCGAGUCGUAUAAUUGCAAGGUCUGUCAACUUAUGAAUAAGACGCUAACUCAAAAGACGUAUUACAAAUGUUUWAUAAUAAUAAACAUUUUUGAACAUU